CCGCCGCCGGGAAAUUCUCUGUUUAUCACGACCGUCACCGGAGGGUUUUGUUUUGGUACUGCUUAUGUCGACGGAAUCAGAACGUGUUGAAUUAGUCUCAGAGGCUAAUGCGUCGAGUUUUGAGGUUGGAAAUGAUCAAAUGUCUGAAACCCUAGCUGGUCAAGCUCAGGAGCUGAAAACAAAUGGAGAUGAUAAAGAAGGAUGCGGUAACUUAGCUUCAGCUGGUGAUAAUGGGAUGGAGAAAGUCAAUGGAUUUACUGAUCUGUUUAAGGAAACGGAAUCUGUAAAUGGAGGGUUAGAUCUAGGCACUGGAACCGAAAAUGUUGGUGGAGAGAGUAACGAAAGUGAGAACAAGGUCCUAGUAGAUAGCGAAGAGGUAUUGAUGGUAGAGGGUGAAAAAGAUUCUGAUGGGAUCGAAAGGGAGCUUUUAAUUGAGAAGGAAGUGGAACCUGACAUGGUCUGUUCUCAUGGCGCUGAUCUUAGUGAUGUGAAGGUUUCUGAUAGUGAAGACCUUGGUGAGGAUAGAAAACUCGAUGGCUUAGAAAAGCAAGGAACAAAAGUUGAGGAUUUGGAUGUUGUAUGUUUUAUGGGUUUAGAACCCCAUGAGAGCAAGGAUGAGGGUAUUGUGGAUGAUGAUAAUGCCCCUGUAACUGCGAAGGUGAAGAUCUCUGACUCAGAUUUGGUUUGGGCUAAAGUAAGGAGCCAUCCGUGGUGGCCUGGACAGGUGUUUGAUGCCUCGGCUGCAACAGACAAGGCGAAGAAGUAUUUCAAGAAAGGAAGUUUCUUAGUAACUUAUUUUGGAGAUUGCACCUUUGCUUGGAACGAUGCGUCACGGGUAAAGCCUUUUCGACAGCACUUCUCCCAAAUGGCAAAGCAGAGUACUUUACCUGAUUUUAUUGAUGCUAUUGAUUUUGCUUUAGAAGAGGUAUCAAGAAGGAUAGAGUUUGGUUUGGCUUGUUCUUGUAUCUCAGAGGAAGUCUAUCAGAAGAUCAAGACUCAGAAUAUAAUCAAUCCUGGAAUCCGAGAAGAUUCAAGCUCAAUACACGGUGGAGACAAGGUCUCAACUGCAGUCUUCUUUGAACCUGCGAACCUUGUGGGAUAUGUGAAGCGUUUAGCAUGCUCUCCUAUCUAUGAUGCUACUGAUGCGCUGCAGCUUGUAAGUCAUAAAGCACAGUUAUUAGCUUUUAAUCGCUGGAAAGGCUACACUGACCUCCCUGAGUUUGUGACACUCCAGGGGUCAGUAGAGUCUGCACCCAAGAUUUCUCCUGCAGAAGAGAAAAGUAGCUUAGUGGAAGUUUCUGAUCCUGAACCAAAAAAGAGUAAACAAGUUUAUACUAAAAGAAGAAAGACAGAAGUCCAAGAUGACUGUAAACACGAUGGAGUGUUUGAAUAUGAAGAAACUACUGUUCCAAAGAAAAAGGAGAAAACUUUGGCAGAGUUCAUUGCUGAGAAACGCUUACGCAGACAUAAUGGGAACACAUCACAUGAAAAUUCUGGUAAAGUUCCGCAUUGCGAAAAGAAACGCAAGGUUGUGCAGUCAAAAGUGCCCAAGUCCACGAAAAAGAUUAAGGCAGACCUGCAAACAGAGGAUCCAGGAUCACCAGUUUCUCACAAAAAUGAUCGAAAAAAUAAUCUGUCUGCAGGUGAUAAGAUAACACCAGAGAAAGCUAGAAAAAGUUUCGGAAUUGGGGCAAGUAUAUUGAAAGUAGCAAACCAGAUGCAUUGUUCAACACCUACAAGACUCAUACCUUGCAGUGAUUCGACCUCCAAAAAGGCAGCCAAGAGCAAUGGCAAUGGAAAAAGUCUUCAGGAGAAACCUAAAGCCGAAGCAUUAUCUGCAAGAGAGAUUUCUCCUUCAACUAAUGAAACACUUUCAAGCCUUCACGCUGCUUCUGUUACCAAAACCCCAAGUGGGAAAUCCAAUUCCAUCAGCAUAGACCACGAACUAUCCAGAGAAGUUAAACAGGUCAUAAAGGAAGCUCCUAGUACUAACCUUGUGGAGGACCCGAUGUUGGAGUCUAGGGAUUUGAAAGACUCUGCUAAAGAGCAGAUGGUACAUGAGGAUAAGAAAGAAGCUGCAAAUAUUGCGGAUGAGAAAACUAUUAAGGACAGCAAUCUAAUUGGGGAGAAAAUCAGUGGCUUGGACUUGAAACAGCAGCCAAAUAAGAACUGCUCUGAUGGAUCUGAUAGUUCCAAGGAAGAUGUUUCUGCAGAGUAGGAAGGCUCAGCAUCAGCGCCUAACCCACUAAUACAGAUCUUUCUAAAAUUGUGUCCGGUUCUUGUUAGUACUUAGUACCCAAGAGUGGAAUAUACCUUGUAGAUGACU